ACAAUUGGUGGCUGACUAAAUACUUUUUUGCCCCACUGUAUAUAUCCUACCACCAGCCUCCUCUGUACUCCACAGUAUCUCCUACUGUGCUAUGUGGGGGGCAGGGUUUUUCCUUCGCCAGGUCAGGUGUGAGUGGGAGACAGAGUGAAGGUGUGUCCUAGCUGUUCCACUGGGCUGAGAGGGAGAGGAGUUCUCCAGAAGCCUCCUCCAGGAUCCUCCUCCCUCUGCUGCAUGGCCAGUCACAACCACCAGCUCAGCCCGACUGGACACUUCAGGAUCCUGAAGGUCCACCAGACGGAGCUCAGUGAGUCUGCGGCAGACGUCACUUUGCAGCGUCUAGACGAGUGUCUGGGAGUCACUGAGGACGGAGGCUGCGGUGCUGCAGAAGCAGACGCCGUCCCCAGAGGUGUGCAGCGCAGCCCAGACCAAGCCGAGCGUGAAGCUCCUGGCCCACAGGAAUGGGCAGGGGGGCCUAGAGGAGGGCCAGCUGAUCACGGUGGCAACAAUGCCUAUGGUGAGGCUCCACAGGGGCCACUGAAACAGUUGUCAGAGUGCACCCGCCUGCUCCAGCUAACCAGAGCUUAG